UCAAGUGUCAAUGUAACUGCAAAAUAUUGUGACAAUUUUAGUACCUAUAUAAAAGGGAUGGAUUAUCCAAUUCCUUUCAGUUCAGUCCUGUUUCGUUGUGUAUGUGUACCUAAUGUGUUGUUAUUGCCGGUUGUAAAGUGAUCAUAAUUAUUAGGAACACCAAAUUACAAUGCUACAGUUACAGUAAACGUGUGUCUUGCUCCUCAAACACUAUAAACUCGCAUUUAAAGGUAGAUACUAAAGUACAUGCAGAAUGGAGCCAUAUGACCCUAAUAAUGAAUUUGUACCAAGACAAUAUCAGACGGAAUUGGAAGAAAUUGCAGUUAGAAAAAAUACAAUCAUUCAUUUACCUACAGGUUCAGGAAAAACCUAUAUUGCGAUACGGCUUAUCAAGAGACUGAGAGAUACAUUGCAGAAGCCAUGGGGGCAAGGAGGAAAGAGAUGCUUUUUUUUAGUCAACACUGUUCCAUUGGUUCUUCAGCAGAAGAAAAUGGUUGAAUUUAUGUGCCCCGUUGACGGAGUGGCCGGUUUCAGUAGUGAAAACAAAGUUGAUUUUUGGGAUAAAAACAAAUGGGACCUGGAGUUGAGCCAGCAUCAGGUGAUUGUGGCGACGUGUCAGAUCCUGUUCGAUAUGCUCACACAUCAAUAUAUAAGGCUGGAAGACAUCAGCCUGAUCAUAUUCGAUGAAUGCCAUCACGCAGUGGAAGACCAUCCGAUGCGUCUCAUAAUGAAACACUUCGAAAACUGUCCAAAACACGAACAACCGAGGAUCUUGGGCUUAACAGCAACCCUUCUCAACGGGAACGUGAAGCUAAACAAAGUGGGGGAGAUAUUGCGCAAUCUGGAGACGACGUUUCAGGCCAGCAUCGCAACCGUCAAUGAUAUGGGAGAGGUUGCUAGCCAUUCAACAAACCCUAUAGAAAUGGUGCAGUACUAUAGAAUGCCACUUGGGAACUCUGCCACACAGGAGGCCAUUACACUAUUAAGGAGCCUGCAAGAAAUCGUCAUUGCCACUGAGUUGCCAGACACAGUGCAAAAUCCUGAUAUUAGGCUGGAGCCAUGGCAACAUAACAUAUCUGAGUCAGAUGGAAAAAAAAUAAAAAAAGCAGUGAAAAACAUGAUAGAGUCAAUGAUAAUGACUAUAAAUGAGAUGGGUGCGUACGGUGGGGCGAUAGGAAUCAUAGCGUACGUGGUCGCCUUCGAGAGACGCAAGCGUUGGGCGCAGAGCGAGCAGGAAGAAUUGCUCUACAAUAUUGCCAUCACUCAGUCCACUGAGGCAAGAGCGGUUCUAAUUCAUUCAAUGGCAAACGAAAGUGGAUAUGAAAAAAUUAUUAAACAUUCCUCUCAAAGGAUAAUACAACUACUGAAUAUUUUAAAAGAAUAUAGUCCAGCUUACUUAUCACAGAAUGGAGUUACAAUGAAAGUGAAUCGCAACAGGAACUGUCUUUCUGGUUUAAUCUUAACGCAGCAAAGGUUUACAACCAAAGUCCUUUAUAAUCUCUUGAAGGAUGUCAAAGAAGUAAACCCUAUCGAGUUUGACUUCUUGAAGCACGAUUUUAUCGUUGGAUUUAACAUUAACCCUUUCACUAAUACUAGAGAACAACAUUAUAUGAAGAAGUUAAGCCAGCAAUCACUUUUGAAAUUUAGAAAUGGAAACCUGAACUGUUUGAUAUCUACAAGUGUAUUGGAAGAAGGUGUGGAUAUCCCACAGUGUUUGCUUGUGGUGCGAUAUGAUCAGCCCCUGGAAUAUAGAUCAUAUAUACAGAGUAAAGGUCGAGCAAGAAGCAAGGUCUCUAGCUUCGUUUUACUUGUGGACGAAUCUAAAAGAAAUAAAUUUGCUGAUCAAUAUUUAGAGUUUCAAAAGAUAGAAGAAUAUGUUCAUAGAUUGCUACACGGAAAUACAGCAGAUAGGGACGCGCCCACCGAAGAGGACAUUCAAGAUAACUUGUACGACGACGAUGACGACGUCCCGCCUUACGUCACUAAACAUGGCGCUACCCUCAUGGCGGCGUCCGCUAUAAGCCUGUUGUCUCGCUACUGCAGCGUUCUGCCUCACGACCAGUUCACUAAGAUCGUGCCGAUGUGGAUACAGGAGAAAGUUGCGACGCUCCCCUCGGUACUGCGGCUCAUUACAAUCAUCAUGCCUCUGCAGUGUCCAGUCAAGGAGCCUAUAAAAGGUGUCCCACUUGAAAAUUUAAAGUCGGCCAAGCGAUCCGCAGCGCUCAACGCGUGCAAAAGGUUACACGAAGUGGGGGAACUGGACGAGUUAACCCUGUUGCCACGACAAUACGGGAAAAUUGAUUUCAAUCUGGAAGAGGUUAAAGCGUGCUUUCUGAACUGGCGGGAAGAAGAAGACCACGGAGACUCUAAUGUACCCAAGCCGGGUGUUAAGAAAAGAGUGCGAAAGCACCUGAAAGUUUACCCAAAGUGUUUGGACGCUCCGUCAGAUGGGCUAUACGAUCAAAUCUAUUACCUGCACAUCAUAAAACUAACCGUGGCAUUCGCUGAGCCCACCGAAUCCCGCGAAAAGGCCCUGUACAGCUUACUUCGAAAACCGGAGGGCUACGGUCUAGUGACGAUGCAGCCACUGCCUAUACUAUGCAGCUUCCCGAUGUUCCUUACCGUUGGCGAAGUGAAAACCUCUCUGGAAGUGAAUUAUGCGUCGAUUCGGCUGAGCGCAGCUCAUUUCGAAUUGAUUAAAAGGUUUCAUUUUUUCGUUUUCGACCAAGUUAUCGAAGUGGCCAAGAAGUUCCUCAUAUUUGACGGAGAGGCCAACAACCUUUACCUGGUGCCUGUCAAAGAGAGCGAAGGCUACGAUAUAGACUGGGCGUUUAUGCAGAACUACGGCGAGAUUCGACCCGUUGUCGAGCCGCCUGUCAGUGAAAGAAUUUCACUUGAAGUAACGAGGGAAACAUACCAGAACAGCGUCGUCACUCCCUGGUAUCGAGGGAGCAUUAUGCCCGACAGGUACAUAGUGUCCGAUGUACUUGAAUACAUGACACCUCAGUCUAGAUUCGACUCCAACUCCUUUGAAACAUUCGAGGACUAUUACUUGAGCAAGCAUAAUCUACAGAUCUUUGGCAGAAAAGACCAGCCGAUGCUCGAGGUCCGUCGCAUCAACUCCCGCAUGAACUGCCUGUUGCCACGCGCGGCUACCAUCAAAGCGCUGACGGACAAGCAGCGCAAGCAGAUCUCCAUCGCACAGGGGGACGACAAACCGCGCUGCUAUAACGAGAUUUUCGUACCCGAGUUUUGUCUCAAGGACGAGUACCCCGGCGUUAUGUGGUACAAGGCUGUUCUGCUGCCGAGCAUUGUGCACAGAAUAACAAUGCUGUUGACGGCCGAAGAACUCCGUGCUCAGAUUGCAAGGGAUACAAUAAGAGGAUACAGACCAUUGCUAAAAGGUCAAGAAUGGCUGCCGAUAGAAAUAGAUUUGCAAGUAGCUACAAAGUCGCUCCUAUCCAAUAUUGAGGAGCCGACAGCUGUGAAUAGUAUUGACAGAAUAAACAAUCCAAUCGACGCGGCACCAAGGACACCCAACAUCAUAUCUGUAAAGGAAAGCGUGUACCAACUUCAAAAGAAGAAGAUUACCAAGGAAUACCCGUGGGAAGAAACCAAUGAACCGAUAGACAUCGAGCGCACGCUUUCCACGGUGACGCUGAUGGACAUCGAGUGUUACGACACGUUUGUCACAGCGCCAUUCAUUGACCCGGCCAAAAGUCCCAGUCGAAAUGUGUUACUGUCACCGCCUAGGAUUGUGACCAGUUCGGCUGCCAUACUGCCCCCACCUUUAAAGUACGACGACAAAAUAGCGAUUCUAUCCAAAACGCCCACGAUCCGCGGCCCCGAGUUGCGCGAUGUCGUGGCGGCGCUCACGACAAUAAACUCUAACGACACGUUCAACCUGGAGCGCGCCGAAACGUUGGGAGACUCGUUCCUGAAGUUCGCGGCCAGCCUCUACCUCUUCCACAAGUUCCCAGCGCUGGACGAGGGGCAGCUGACCAACAUCAAGGGUCGGCUUAUUGGCAACAGGAAUCUGUACUACGCAGGCGAGCGCGUACGGUUAGGCGGGCGGAUGAAAGUGGAACAAUUCAGUCCCAGGCGGGACUUCGUAGUGCCCGGCUUUUCCGCUCCACAAGAAGUUAUCUCCUUCAUCGAGGAACGGCACAUACGGCCAACGUUCUUGAUCGGCAUGCAGUUCCCACUCGACGACGCACUAAGCGGCGUGCUCUCCAGUGAAGGCUUGCAGCAUAUGCAGCAACGGUUCGACGACUGGGAGAACAGAGCUGAAAAAGAGCCGUUUGGCCAAGCUCAGAACUCCAUGCAGUGCUACAUACGGCAUCAAGCUGUAUCGGACAAGUCUGUAGCAGAUUGUGUGGAGGCACUAAUAGGCACUUACUUGCUAGAUGGAGGAAUUCAAUCUGCCGUGAGAUUUUUGGAAUGGAUGAGGAUUUUGCCGCCGCAGGAUAAUUUCGUACAAUAUUUGAAAAAGAAAGUGGACACAGCGAUAACGGAGGGGAAAACCUCGUUGGCAGAAGUGGACUGGCUCCUCAACCACUGCCGCGGUGACAUUGAGACUAUUAUCAACUACAAAUUCAAGGACCCCUCCUUAUUGCUUGAGGCUAUGUCCCACGCCUCGUACAUACGGAACCGCUGCACUCGGUCCUACGAGCGUUUGGAGUUCCUCGGCGACGCCAUCUUGGAUUUCCUCAUUACGUCACACAUUUAUGAGUCCUCGCCCAACAUGAACCCUGGCGACCUGACCGACCUGAGGUCGGCGCUGGUCAACAACGUCACAUUCGCUUCCUACGUCGUCAAGUUGGGAUUGCACAAAUUCCUCUGCACACAAAUGAACGCAGUACUGGAGAACGCGAUAAAAACCUUCGUCGAGCAUCAGGAGGAGCGCGGCCACGAGAUUGUGGAGGACGUGCUAUACCUCAUCGACGAGGAGGACUGCCACAUCGCGCAGUAUAUUGAUGUACCUAAGGUCCUCAGCGACAUUUUCGAGUCCAUAGCGGGGGCGAUAUACCUGGACAGCGGCGGAGAUCUGCAGCGCGUGUGGGCGGUGGUGUACCGCAUCAUGCACAAAGAGAUCCACGCCUUCACCAUGAGCGUCCCCAAGCAGCCCGUCAGAGUGCUCAUGGAAACCAUACACGCUUGCCCGCAGUUUGGGGAAGCAAAAGAAACGACUAAGGGCGUUCCAAAGGUGAUGAUUCCUGUCACGUUUACUAAGGAGGGCAAGCAGCACACGGCAUUUGGCGUAGGCACAAACAAGGCGCAAGCGAAGCGGGCCGCCUCCAAGCUUGCUCUCAAAAUCUUAAGUGCUUAAUAUUGAUCCCACAUCCGCUAAUCUGGGCCGUACGUGGCGAAUUUUGGCGCAAAGCCUUGCACAUGAAGUAGAAGAAAUGGAAAGUUCAUUUCCAAUACCUACUUAUCGCUAUCCCACUUCGACUAACAAAUUAGAGUGAGAAAUCGCACCCGCGGUGGGUCCGAUUCUCGGAUUAGUCUCGCUCUCGCUCGGCAAUCGGAGUGGGAUAGCGAUAAGUGGGUUUUGCUUCAAGUAAGUAAUAAUACGAGUAAGCAAUACAGUUCGCCACCGGUCGACAUGGCUAUCGGGAUGGGGAUACCCCGCACAACCGCACAGCCCCCGCGCUAUUCCAGUGUGAGAAAGCGUGGGCGCUGCGCGCGUGUGAGGGGUUUCCUCCCACACACAUUUGUAGUAAUAAUUAUUAUUGUGAAUACAGGUGUUAUUAGCAUGGAUGCGGCUAUAAACGCGUAUGACGUCAUAAAAACGCCAUUCUACUAAUACGUACAUGCAUUAUAUGCGCAGAAAACUCCUCCACUAUGUCAACUUGUGUUAAGUUUUUCUCGAAAUCGAUUCUAGUAUAAACGUUAUCUGUGUUUAAAAUGGUGAUAGCCUAUUGGCCAAGAACCCUCCUAGUCGGGGGUUCCAGCAUUCGAUCAAAUUGCAUGUUUUAUUUUAUACAUUCAUACUUUAAAGCCCCUUAUCUUUAUUUUUACAAAAUAAAUGAAAUAUUAAUAUCCAAUUAUACAAUAAAUUAUUCUGAAAUCUAUUUUACAUAUUUUUAAUUAACCUAUAUUUUUAAUUAAAUAUUAUCCAGUUUAUCCAAUGAAUUGCAAAUUUUAUUAUUACAUAUAAUUAAUUAUUACAAAUCUUGGAAUUUUAAUAUUGUUUUGACGCAUUCAUUAAAUUGUUACACUCUAUUUGGUGUGAAAUUAUUUAUGUCCUUGAAAUUAUUUUUACUAACAUACCAUUUUCUUACUAUUUACUCAUCUAGAUUUAAGAGAUCCUAGCAAUUUUAAAAUGAUGGCAUGAUUAACUUUUUCCUGUUAACUAUAAAUCCACGCGGACGAAGUCGCGGGCAUUAUCUAGUGUAUUAUAUAAUACGUACAUUUUGAGAUUUCACUCGCGAUUUUAAUUAUAUUUGUCGACUGUCAUGUCAAAAGUACGACAGUUGACACAUUGAGCUAAAAUGGUGAGUGUGAUCUCGAAAUGUACGCACUAUGUAUAAAUAGUUAUAAAAAUAGUGAUUUUCACUGCGCAUUAUGUAAAACUCAAUUUGUACGAGUUUAAUUUUAUGUGUUUUAAUAUUAUGACUGAUAGAUUAAAUUGUAAAAACUUUAUUCCUAUUUCUUUAAAUAAAAUAUAAUUACUUUUAAUUAUAUUUUAUUUGUUUUAUAUUUCAAAAAAAUAGAUUUUUAUUUAUAUCCUAAUUAAGAGUAUUAUCUCUUGAGCGCGCCCUAUACAAACGUUUGAUUUUAUUAAUGACGAUUGUACCUAGAACUUGCCCGUAAAAAUAUAUUUUAUAAGUUUCAAACGGGCUCAAAGAUUAUGGAACGCGUAUAUAGAAGGCGAAAUAAGAAUCAAACCUCGUUUAUAGGCUGUGCUCAAGAGGGACUCCUCUUAAUGUAAAUCCUCUCCUGCCUCUUUUCUUAUAUACUUACAUGGUGAAAUAUAUGCUACUGCGCCAUGUAUCUAAUAUACAUAUACCUUCACGCGAGGCUGGUAAUAUCGAUAGCUCUUACGUAGAUGUGUUUGGUGAAACGUUUCAAAUGAUUUUAAUAAUUUUAAUAGUAAGUAGUUAAGGUACCUAAGUAGUUUAUACAAAUGUGCAUGUUAUAAAAACUACGAGUCGAACACGAACAUAUGACAUUCAUUUUCGUGGCGGCCAUUUUGAAAUUUUCAUUUAUUUAGUACCUAUUUGUUGUUAUAAUGGCAAUAGAAAUACAUAUUCCGUGAAAUUUACAAAUCCAUUUCAAAUUCUCUACCUUUUACAGUUUACAAGAUACAGACCGCUGACAGACAGACGUAUGGACAGCGGAGGUUUAGUAAUAGGGUCCGUUGGCAUCCUUCGGAUACGGAACCCUAAAAAUGGUUGAAAGUGAUACUUUAACCAUCAAAUCAUAUUAUUGUUGAAUGAUUCUAUUUAAGUAUGAUUUUAUUGUUUUUCAGAAAGGCCUCUAAAGCCUCCUCAAGACGUUGAAAUACAUAUUUCAGCGCGCUUGCAUCGUGUAUACGAGGCUUAAUGUAUAUAGGGAAGUUUAAAAAAAAUCAAAUGUUUAAGCUGAAUAAAAUAAAUUCUAGUAGCAUGCGUUUUUAUCAUUUAGUCAAAUAUUCGAAUGUUGUGUAAUUUUUUGACCAGUUAUUUUAAUGAAAUUAAUUGUGGUCAAAUGUAAUUAACGUUAAGUAUAAUAUUAUUAUAUUUUGUAUUAAAUAAAAAAAAAGAAUUAAUAAAGUGUCUAUGUUUUAUAUUAUA